GGUUUUACUGGGCUUUUCCUUUUCCAGAAAAACCCUUUCAUAUAACAACCAUUUCUACUAGUAAACAGUACUAGUACUGGUGAUACCCAAAACCCCCAAAACCCCAGAAACCAAGAAACUUGAAGAAAAAGAAAAAAAAAAAUGAACAUGUUGAAAGCCAAUUCACUGAGAUCCCUUUCUUUUACACUCCUUCGCCAAUCCGCCAUUAACAACACCACCACCACCAAUGCUCUCAGACCUUUCUCUUCUUUGAUUCUGAAACAAACCCAACUCUCCAAUCCUUCUUCCAAGCCUAUCCCAUUUCCCCAAUCCCCUUUCUCUUCCUCCUCCACCGUCCCAGUUCGCUUUCUCCGCACUGUUCGCGACCAAGGCCCCAGUUAUGAGAUAACUCCGCCAGUGAAUUGGGGGAUUCGGAUUGUGCCGGAGAAGAAGGCGUAUGUGAUUGAGAGGUUCGGGAAGUAUGUGAAGACUUUGCCCUCCGGUAUCCAUUUUUUGAUUCCUUUAGUCGAUCGGAUUGCCUAUGUCCAUUCCUUGAAGGAAGAGGCCAUUCCCAUUCCUGACCAGUCUGCUAUCACUAAGGAUAAUGUCAACAUUUUGAUUGAUGGGGUGCUCUACAUCAAGAUUGUGGACCCUAAGCUGGCCUCUUAUGGUGUUGAGAAUCCCAUAUUCGCGGUGAUUCAGCUCGCGCAAACAACAAUGCGUAGUGAGCUUGGUAAGAUCACUCUCGACAAGACAUUUGAGGAAAGAGACACAUUGAAUGAGAAGAUUGUGGAGUCUAUUAAUGUGGCUGCAAGAGAUUGGGGCCUGCAGUGCCUCCGUUAUGAAAUAAGGGAUAUAUCUCCUCCUCGUGGAGUGAGGGUAGCUAUGGAGAUGCAAGCCGAAGCAGAACGAAAGAAGAGAGCUCAAGUUCUUGAAUCUGAAGGAGAAAGGCAAGCCAACAUCAAUAUUGCUGAUGGAAAGAAGGCUUCUGUAAUCUUACAAUCAGAAGCUGCAAAGAUGGAUCAAAUCAAUAGAGCACUCGGUGAAGCGGAAGCCAUCCUUGCUAAAGCUAAAGCAACAGCCGAAGGACUUGCCACUGUCUCACAGACCCUAAAGGAAAGUGGAGGAAUAGAGGCAGCUAGUUUGAGAAUCGCUGAGCAAUAUGUUCAAGCCUUCGGUAAUAUUGCCAAGGAGGGCACAACAAUGUUGCUUCCUAGUUCAGCUGGCAAUCCUGCCAAUAUGAUGGCCCAAGCACUCACUAUGUAUAAAAGCCUGAUUGGCAAUGUUUCCAGUGUUGGGUCUCAUGAUACCUCUUCCACUCAAUUAGCAGCAGGUGUAAAGGGCGAUGCCUCUGGAGAAACAGGUAAUGAGAGCCCCACAACUGCUAAAACAACUGAUACAGGUUAUCUGGGCGAUAGCAAGCCAGGAUUUUCGCUUCAGAGCCCCAAUAAAGGAGCAUAGAGUUUAUCCCAGCCAACUCAUUCUGGAAGUAAAUCAAAUUGUGCUACACUAGGUUUUAUCAGUUUUGUGGUUGUCACUCUAAUUUUACUCGUAAGUUUCUAAAUGAUUUGAAGAGAGGAAAGCUGAAAAUUAGAUUGAUUGUUGUAGGAUGCGAAUUCUUCUGGCAGAGCUCAUUUCCAUGUCAAAUGGGCAAUUAGGAUGUCUCUUCUUAGAUACCGGCAAAACUUGAGAAAAAGAUUUGAGAAUUUUUUGUUUCUGAUAAAACUUGCAUUAUUAGAGCAUUUGCAUCAAACAAUGCAAAAUAGAAAAAUUGCUCAAUUUUACACGUCCAAGCCCCAAAAUCCACAUUAGUCAAAAUAAAGAUGUGUAAAUUUGCAACU